AUGAUGGAAACCAAGAACAGUUCUCCCAAGCCGGCUGAUACAGCUGAUACACCACCAGCCGAGAUCUCGGACGAGCCAAAGUCUACCUUCAAGCCUGAUGUCCGGUUUUGGUUGGUCUUUGCUGCGCUGUGUGUGACUUCCUUGCUGGCCGCUCUCGAAGGAACUGUCACGUCCACUGCUCUUCCUACCAUUGUCGCUGAGCUCCACGUUGGCCAAGAUUACCCAUGGGUAUCCAACGUCUACUUUUUGACUACAGCAUGCUUUCAGCCGCUCUACGGACAACUCUCCAAUGUCUUCGGUCGCCGGUAUCCCAUGAUUUCGUCCGUCGUCUUCUUCAUCCUCGGUAGUGGUAUUUGUGGAGGUGCCUCGAGCGCGGCCAUGCUUAUUGUUGGUCGUGGGAUUCAAGGCGUUGGAGGAGGCGGAAUCCUAAUGCUCAUCGAACUCAUCGUAUGCGACUUGGUCCCCUUGGCUCAGCGGGGCGCAUAUAUUGGACUGAUGUUUGUCUUCUUCGCUAUCGGCACAUCACUGGGCCCAUUUAUUGGCGGUACCAUUGUUAGCAACACUACCUGGCGAUGGGUCUUUUACCUUAAUCUUCCGAUCGGAGGCGUGGGUCUAGUUCUGCUGAUCCUCUUCCUACAAGUGAACUAUAACCGCGAGAUGUCCAUUGGGGAGAAGCUGAAGCGCUUAGAUUACUUCGGAAACUUGCUGCUGAUUAGCACAAUUGUGUCUAUUCUGAUUGCGCUUAGCUGGGGCGGCACUCGUUACCCCUGGUCCUCAGGCCACGUUAUCGCACCUCUAAUUAUCGGUCUCCUUGGAAUUCCAGCAUUUAUUUUCCUUCAAGGUACUCCGCUUGUUAAAGAGCCGACCACCCCAUUGCGACUGUUUAGCAACCGCACUUCAACUAUAGCGUUCUUUAACACCUUUAUACACGGCCUCGUCAGCUUCUGGAUUCUGUAUAUGCUUCCGGUCUACUUUCAGGCUGUUCUACAAUCUUCCCCCGAGCGCUCCGGCGUGCAGCUUCUCCCGACUGUGAUCUCUAUGAUUCCUAUUGCCGGAGUAUCGGGCGCAAUUCUCUCUAAGACAGGUAAUUAUAGAAUACUCCAAAUCGUCGGCUUUGCCCUCCUUACUAUCGGCCUUGGCACUUUCACGGUACUAGGCCCCGGCUCUUCCACAGCAGCGUGGACGUUGACGCAGAUGGUCGCUGCGUUCGGCGGUGGAGUGAUUAUGCCCGUAUCUCUGCCCGCGGUCCAGGCCGGGCUCGAGGAGAAAGACGCGGCGACUUCUACAGCACUAUGGGCCUUUAUCCGCAGCUUCGGCAUGAUCUGGGGUCUCGCGGUACCCGCAGCUAUCUUCAACAAUCAAUUCGAUAAGUUUGCCUCGUCGAUCAGCGAUAGCUCGGUACGUGAUAUGUUUUCUGGGGGUAAUGCGUAUGCCUACGCCUCGGGUGCAACCAUCAAUGCGCUCCCAGCCCGGGUGCGAGCCGAGACUAUCGAUGUGUAUACCCGUAGUCUGCGGGUGGUGUGGCAGGUGUCCAUCGGUUUUACGGGGUUGUCGUUCCUGCUCACCUUCUUGCAGAAGAGCAUCAAGUUGCGGUCGCAUCUGGAGACGGAUUACGGGCUGAAGGAGAAGGACGCAAAGGAGGGUUCGGAUAGAACUUUGGGGGCUCAUUAA